GUUCUCAGGGGUCGUCGAGACUACAGUUCCCAGCAUGCAGCACCGCCGCCCUUUGAUUUUGGCGCCCCGAUGGAACCUGCUUCGGAAGGACGUCUUGGAUUCCAGAGGACAAUUCCUCAAGUCUCAACCACCGUGGGGAAAUGUGGCUGUGAGGCAGUUCUGGCCUGCCGAGCCUGUUCAGAAGCAGCCGUGGGAAGAGGGUCUGGCGGCCGUUCAGGGCCCUGCUCAGGCAGUAUUUCGGGCAGCCCCAGCUGGGUCCUCCCGGGGCCUUCCUGCCUUUGAACAGUGGUGGCGGGCGUGCACUCUGUCCCCGGCACGCUUGAGAGUAGGGGCCGCCUUCUCCAUGGCCACCGCUGCGAGUGGGCCCUGCGUCGGCGGGGCGCGGGACAUCCUUUGGCGCGUUUUGGGUUGGAGGAUAGUUAGAAGUAUCAUUUGGUCCGUGUUGCUUCUACCCGUCUGUACCACAGCCUUUAUAAUCUUCAGCAGCAUUGAUUUAUUCCAUCCUAUACAGUGGCUGUCAGACUCUUUCAAUGACUUAUGUGGCUCUCAUGUAAUCUUCUACUUUCUGCUGCUGUCGGUGGUAAUUAUAAUAAUAAGUGUUUUCAAUGUGGAAUUCUAUACAGUUGUGCCCUCCAUCCCCGGCUCCCGGCUGGCCCUGCUAGGCAGGGUCCUUCACCCUCAGCAGCUCAUGCACUCCUUCAUACAUGCCGCGAUGGGGAUGGUAGUGGCAUGGUGUGCGGCCAUCAUCACCAAGGGCCAGUACGGUUUUCUCGUGGUUCCCUGUGCUGGAACCAAGAGCUUAGAUAACCCUGCUGCCCAAACCUGCAUGAAUGAAUAUCAUCUGUUUUUCCUACUGGCUGGGGCAUUCAUGGGCUAUAGCUAUAGUCUUCUUUAUUUCAUUAACAACAUGAAUUAUCUUCCGUUUCCCAUUAUACAGCAGUAUAAAUUUCUGCGCUUCAGGAGAUCUCUCCUCCUACUAGUUAAACAUAGCUGUGUGGAAUCCCUGUUCAUGGUCAGAAAUUUCUGCAUUGUGUAUUAUUUUUUUGGACAUAUUCCCAAAGCUUGGAUUAGCACUGCUAUGGACCUUCACAUAGACGAGCAGGCCCACAGGCCUCUUGACACAAUAGGUGGCCUCCUGAAUGUCUCAUUACUCUACCAUGUUUGGCUGUGUGGUGUCUUCCUCUUGAUGACUUGGUACAUCUCAUGGAUACUCUUCAAAAUCUAUGCCACAGAGGCUUAUGUGUUCCCUGUUCAGCCGCCAUUUGCCGAGGAAUCGGAUGAAUGCCUCCCGAAAGUCCUAAACAGCAAUCCUCCUCUCAUCAUAAAGUAUUUGGCCUUACAGGACCUGAUGUUGCUUUCUCAAUAUUCUCCUUCUCGAAGACAAGAAGUUUUUAGCCUCAGCCAACCAGGUGGACAUCCCCAUAAUUGGACUGCCAUUUCGAGGGAGUGUUUGAGUCUUUUAAAUGAUAUGACUCAGAAACUGGUUCUCUACCAAGAAGCUGCUGCUACAAAUGGGAGGAUGUCUUCGUCAUACUCAGUGGAACCCAAGAAAUUGAAUCCUCCAGAAGAAACUACUUUUCAGACACCAAAAUCUAGCCAGAUGCCUUCAGUGCCACCGUUAGUUAAAACAUCAUUGUUUUCUCCAAAAUUAUCCACACCUGAUGUUUCAAAUCCUUUUGGGACCCCGUUUGGCUCCAGUGUAGUGAAUCGGAUGGCUGGAAUUUUUGAUGUAAACACCUGCUAUGGGUCUCCCCAGAGUCCUCAGCUAAUAAGAAGAGGGCCCCGAUUAUGGACUCACGCUUCUGAUCAGCAAAUAUCUGACUUUUCUAAUCCAUCUCCUUGUACCUCUGUCACUGCUGAGGGUAAGACAGUGAGACAGCCCAGUGUGAUUUACUCAUGGAUUCAGAAUAAGCGUGAACAGAUUAAGAAUUUCUUGUCAAAACGGGUGCUGAUAAUGUACUUUUUUAGUAAGCAUCCAGAGGCCUCCAUUCAGGCUGUUUUUUCAGAUGCCCAAAUGCAUAUUUGGGCUUUAGAAGGUCUGUCUCACUUAGUAGCAGCAUCAUUUACAGAAGAUAGAUUUGGAGUUGUCCAGACCACCCUCCCAGCUAUCCUUAAUACUUUGUUGACCCUGCAGGAGGCUGUCGACAAGUACUUUAAGCUACCUCAUGCUUCUAGUAAACCACCCCGGAUUUCAGGAAGUCUUGUGGACUCAUCCUACAAAACAUUAAGAUUUGCCUUCAGGGCCUCACUGAAAACUGCUAUCUACCGCAUAGCCACCACGUUUGGUGAACAUCUGAAUGCUGUGCAAGCAUCUGCAGAACAUCAGAAAAGACUUCAACAGUUCUUGGAGUUCAAAGAAUAGUUAAGUAAUAUAAACUGUGUUCAUUACCCUGCUGAUACAACUACAGAUGGGACAGUAAAUGUUCAGCAUUCUUGGAUCAGAAGAAAAUGGACUAAUUAGAUGCUUCCUUUGUCGUGGUGCUUGCUUUGAAAACUAUACUUUAAUGGGAGAAAUCAUGGAAAGAAAUUCUCAGCAGAAUAACCGAAAACUGCCUUUUCUGUACCAAAUGCUUUUUGUGUGUGUGGUAUAAUAAAAUCUUUAUUCAGCUUUACAGGAGCAUCUAUGGCAGCCGAACUGUCUCUCGCUCAUAUAACUUGAUAAUAAUUACUCACAAUUUUUUCUUAGAAUUUACUUUUGAAAAGAGUGGAGCCAGCUCAGAAGUUAAAGUGGGGUGACUUGAUACUAUCUUCCUAAUCACUUUAAGAGUUUAGCUCUUUGUAAACUCAAAAUACAUAAACUUAAGAUUAGUUUGUUUACUAGAGGAUAAAAAUGGUAACAGUGGGGAAAAAUUCACAGUAAAAAUAUUGUCUACAGGACAUAUUUUGUUAAUCUGUUAGGUUGUGUUUUUGUUUCCAGGGACAAAUUAAAUUUGCAUGAUUGUCCAAAAAGAGUCUCAAUUUACAGAUGCUAACUCUAUAUAAAGGAAUGUGGAAAAAUUGAGUUCUUAAGUUACACGAUUAAACGUUCACAUUUGGUUUUUGAGAAAUAAUUGAGCAACAUCUAUGAAUUCAUUUUGUGUUAUGCUAGUAAACAAUGAGAAUAUGGGCAUUUCCCAGCCAGUUUUGCUUUCUGUUUGAAACAACAUUAGGCGACUGGCAGAGGUUUUCAAAUGAGGGAAAAGGUUUUGUAAGAAGACCUUGGAAGCUUCCCAUUCCCCUACUGUUUGUCUUUACCAGAUCAAAUUAUGUUGUGAAUCUAGUCUGUCUUCACACAGGGAGCAGCCUCAGCUGUGUUAACUGGCUAAUUAAAAUAUAAUAGGACAAUUUUUAGAGCCACAGUCAUCAAGUAGUGAGCGAAGCCAGGAUGUUUUAAGGGCUCACUGUACUCAGGAGUGUGUAUGUCCCAAAUGUACAUGUGGUCAUUUUAUGACUUAUUAGAUCAUUUCUUUGGAGAUGAAACAUUGGAGGUCCUGCUGGUAGAUAUUCAUUGGACUAGCUUUGGACCAAAUCCUCCUUCAUAAAUCCUUUCCUGUUAUCUUUCCCUCUAGUGUCCCCAAAAGAUUUCCUUUCAAGUCAGCACAGUAUUGUAUAGCAAUCUUAACUGUGAUGUGUGUGCCUAACCUUUGUUGACCUCAUUGAUGUAUUAUGUCUUUUAGUAGUGUAUUUUAGUUCCAAAACCUAUCACCCCUUUAACCAACACAGGGAAAAUUAUAAAUGAAUCCUGCUAGGUUUAAAAGUGUCCUUAUGGGACAAUUCCCCAGUUGUCAAGUUUUGGGUCUUUUAAGUGCCCCCUCUACCUUGUGUGUGAAGUUGACUUGAUCGUUCUUUUCAGUGUGAAAGUUGGAUUUCCAGUGUGUUAGUUUCUUAUGGAUGACAAGAGAAGCAUGGCUAGGUAAUGGAGAACUGUUGUGUUCUGUGAAUUAAAGCCAUAAGCUUUUUAUAUUCCCUGGCUGCCUCUGACUGAAGCAUUUCAGGAGACAAGCCCUUAAUCUUGUGUUUCCAUAAAGAAUUGUGGCAUCUAACUCACAGAAGAGGGCGAUUCCUUUAAACUUCGACGUAUUUCUAUGAAAUGUCUGGUUCAUUUUAGGUUCUUGUCAGUCUUAUAUCCUCUGGGUGAAAGUGUAUUUGAUAGCAGUAUGAAUAUUUCUGGGUGUGCUGUGUAUGAGAUAGCGACUACACCGUGUCUGUCCGGUGGGGCGCAAGGCACUGCCUGUCCUUGUAGUUCUGCAUUGUAUUUGGAAGGUGGAAGGGAUCAAGGGAUCAACCAUUUUCUUCAUUCUAUGUUGGUGGGCGAGGGUGCUCCUAAAACACACCCUCCUUCCUGCACUAAGGAGGACCUGGGGGAGAACAAGAGGAGAGAAACAUUUCCUUUGGUGAAGUUUCAUCCUGCUGACAAGCCUACUGAUGUGAUGGCCUGAAAAUUAGAGUCUUUGGAAGCCUUUCUCUGGCUGUGAGUACAAAACAUGAUUUUAUCAGCACCUGUGUUUGUGACUCUAAUGGGACAUACAAAGCCACAAAACUGCUUUUGUAGAGUAGUGGGAAACUUCUGGAAUAAACCUUAUACUGGUGAGUAAACAUGGAGAAGUCACUGGGUUCCUGUGUUGGAUUUUUUCAUGAGUGUUUGUGUGUCUUCCUAUAGUAAUAACUAUUUAUGAUAAUCUGUUUAUAUCCUUUUGUAUAUCAUUGAUACUGAAUUGGUAGAAGAAUAAAGUGACAAUUCUUAACUGA